ACCUAAAUUUUACGGGAAUUAAAAAUAUGAUAAAUUAUAAUUCGAGAAUGAAAUGAAACUCAAUAAUAAUCAUCCUCUAAAAUGAACAAUUCAUAACCCAUGAAUCAACUACUUAUUGUAUUGCCAAUUUGCCAUCUCAUCUUUCCAUCAUCAUUCAUCAAACGUCCUUUUCUUUUCCUCCCAAUGAAUCAAUUAUUUUGCUUUUUACCCCCUUAUUUAAGAAAAAACAAACCCCCAAUUAAAGCUUUCCCCAGUCCUCUAACCACCCACAUUGUCUAAAACAAAACGAAAGACCAACCCUCCCCUCCCUUCCCCAAAGCUUUUCUCCUUCUCCUCCCUUUCGUCUCUCUCGUUGGGCCCUUCCAUUCCUAUCUACCAUUUACUGCUUAUUGCUCGCUGUUCCUUCUCUUUUUUCUUUCGGUUCUUAUUUAUCUGCAUGCUUCAAAUAAGCACACAAUAGACACACACACUGCUCCCUCUCUCUCUCUCUGCGGGAGAGACACCCACUACUCUCUGCGACUGCAACUAACUUUGUCGCUUUGGCCCCCAAAAUUUUAUUUUUGCCUUCUAAGUAUUUGCAUGUCACGACUGCCCACCUCCAGCUCUUCCUCCUUCCUUCUUUCAUUGACUCGACCUGGUGGUAUCUCUUUCUCUCUGUCUCGUUAAACUGACCUUUCACGGUAAGUUCCCUUUCCGCUUCUUCUCUUUUGUUCCCUUCUUAUAUUCCGCCUUCUUCUGCUCUCUGUCUCGUGCUUUAUCUUUGAAAUGGGUAUUGUGCUUUGCCUAUUUGUAAUCAUAUUUGCUUGCUCCUUUUAUCUGUUUUGAUGGGGUGUGGUGGCAGUGAGUUGGGUUGUGCAAACUCGGCCGAGUUUUAACAAGUGUUUUCUCAAUUGGGUUUGGGAGCCGUUCGUUGGGGGCGAAUAUGGGACCCAUACGAGGGAACAGAAAGAGGAAAAGAGCCGAUAAGAAGGCAGAGGAGAAUGGUUAUGGCUCAGCUGCUUCUGAACGCUCUUUGGAUUGGUGGGAUGACUUCUCCAGAAGGCUUCAUGAAGGUGGUCAUCAAUCUCCUUCGAAAAGUCUGGACAAGUUCGAACUCAUUUUCAGGAUUUCCAGGAAAACUUUCACCUACAUAUGUUCGCUCGUGAGGGAAGACUUGACUUCCAAGUCAAGGGAAUUCACAUUUCUAAACGGAAGACUACUGUCUUUACAUGAUCAAGUAGCAGUAGCUUUGAGGAGGCUUGGCACUGGCGAUUCACUAGCAGCGGUUGCCGAUUCAUUCGGGUUGAACCACUCGACCGUCUCCCAAGUUACUUGGCGGUUUGUAGAGGCUCUUGAACAACGAGCGCUUCACCAUCUCAGAUGGCCAUCGACUGAGCUGGAAAUGGCUGAAAUAAAAUCGAAGUUCCAGAAAUUGCAAGGCCUUCCCAAUUGCUGUGGCGUGGUUGAUACAACCCACAUUACUAUGCUCCUGUCCACAUCAGAUCCCACCAGCAAUGUAUGGCUCGAUCGUGAGAAGAACUACAGCAUGGUGUUGCAGGCGAUUGUGGAUCCCGAGAUGAGGUUUUUGGCCAUAGUUACUGGAUGGCCAGGGAAUAUGGAGGAUUGGGUAGUGUUUCAGAACUCAACCUUCCACAAGCUGUGUGAAAAUGGGGAGAGGCUAAAUGGGAAGAAGGUGCAGCAGCUUUCUAAAGAAGGCUCAUCAGAGAUAAGGGAGUACAUAAUAGGGGAUUCAGGGUUCCCUCUGCUGCCAUAUCUCAUGGUUCCCUACGAGAAAGAGCUCUCCGAGUCGAGAGCUGAGUUCAAUAAACGACAUUUGGGUACCCGGCUAGUGGCUCAAAGAGCACUAGCGAGGCUGAAGGAGACGUGGAAGAUCAUCAGAGGGCAAAUGUGGAGACCAGAUAAGCAUAGGAUGCCGAGGUUCGUUCUGGUGUGCUGCUUGCUUCACAACAUUGCUAUUGACAUGCAAGAUGAGGUUCAGGCUGCAAUUCCCUUGUCGGAGGAGCAUGACUCCGGCUAUACGCAGCAGAUUUGUGGGUCAGUUGAAGUGAAAGGUGCAGAAAUGAGAGACGAACUGUCUCUUUACCUGUCCCAGAGACGGCUACCGUGAUGAUCUGGUCGACUAUGGAUAAAAGAAAACAAUGAAUUGUACAUAACCUUGGCCGAAGUGCGUUCCUUGAGCAAUCCAGAUGGAGUCAGGAUUAGUUGGUAGGACAUUCGUAUAGAGAUGCAAGCUCAUAGGUUGCUUCUAGUUCAAGUAAUUUGACCUGAAAUUUUCUCAGAAUUAAUUUGUUAAGGCGUACAAACCAUAUUCUGUCUCAGCAUUUACUCAACACCAAAACUGGCCGCUAAAACCGUGCGACUGUACACAAUUUAUCUGUUCCCCCAAACAGCUAAUUUUGGCGUUUACACUGUUAAAUAUUUUCAGGAACUUUUGCCCGGUUUGUUCAUCGUUUUUGUAGUACCUGACAGGGCAUUUUUUUUUUUCCUUCUCUAAAUAGUGUUAUGCAUCAAGGUUGGAAUGAUACUCAUUUGGUUUUGAAACUGAGGCUGGAUUGGGAGUGCCUUUAUGUUCUUUUGAGGAUGUAUCGGUUUGCUCUGACUUGGUUCAAAUGAAUUGUAGCUACGAUCCCGUUCGCUACUCCAUUCUCUUUAAUGGUGAAAUUGAGCAUUUCUUCUCGCCCGCGAGGGGAACUCGCCAAAGGGUUCUGAUUCCCCUUUCCUCUUCAUUGUUUUCUCCCAACACUUUUGACAUUAGUCGUCGAGAAGGCGAUUUCGGAAGGGCAUUAAGUUUAAGCAAACACGCCUACUACUUACUCAUUGCUUCUUGGUGACCGCAUAUUCAUUUUCGAAACAGCCAGCCCUCUGGAAGUAAAGAGGAUUCUGGGUGUGCUUUAAUGACCAUGGAGUACUCACAGGUUAACAAGUCAAUGUGGUAACAAAUUCUAUGGAUGGGUUAAUUGUCAAUAUGGUAUUUGUAGAGUCAAAUAACUCAUUUCUUGUUCAUGUGAUAUUUCAGUAUUAUUUCAGUCAGGGGCGGAUACAUGGGCCUCUAGGGGUGUCCCGGGACACCCCUAAAAUUUGGGAAAAGAUUAUCUAACCUUUGGUAGUAGUUUCGUAUGGGCAUACAAAAUAUAAUUGGUAAUCAGGG